AUGCAAUUUAAUCUAACAACUGUAUUCAUAAUUUGACUCAUUGGAAUAAUUGGAUACCUACUCAACAAGUUCAUCCUAAAGCCGUAUAGAAAGAGAGCAUAUUAUCAGAAGCAAGGUGCCUCUGUAGGGAUGACGCCUAAAUUCAACCCAUUCUUGGGAGAUUACAAGUUAAUUCUUGAAAAUUACCAAGACAAGGGAAAGUUCAUUGGCCAUUACGCAAGAGAUUUAGCUCUGCAGGAGAACAAGAGUCCUCUCUACAUCUUCCAAAUCCCGAACAAGGACAUCCUUUGCUUUAGAGAUGUCGAGUAUCUCUCGGAGCUUAACAAGCUUAUUCCAAAGUAUGUUGACAGAGAGCCAAUUGAUAACUCAGGAUUCGGAAAAAUCGGAUCAACAGGAGGUCUUGGCCAAUCAAGAAGUACCAAAGAAUGGAGAAACCGAAGGGAGACUCUGAUGAAAACCAUUGGUAUUAACCACGCUUCGAAGUUUAUCCCUCUGUUCCUAGACCAUUUCCAACAUAACUUUGGGUCUAUCAAGACCAAUCAGGAGAUCAACUUCAGCCAGGUUGCCAACACCUCGGUAUUCAGCUUUAUUCUUAGCUUGAUCUUCGGCAAAAAUGUCCUUGACCAGAUUGGGUUAUGCAACUACGAACAGAAGGAUGGCUCAAUCAAGCAAAUGAAGCUCUAUGAUUGCAUGAUGACCAUGAGCGAUGACAUGACUUCUGAGUCUCUUCAACUCUACAACGUCCUUUUCCCAGAGCUCAUUGACUACAACCUUGCCACAGAAAAUAGAAGAAAUGAGAGAAACAAUAAAGAAAUUGGAAGAAUUUUAAAUGAAUUUAUCGACCAAUCAAAAGAAACCAACUCAGUCUACGCUCAAGUGAUCAGAGAGCUCAAAAAUGAACCUCAACAGCAGAUCCUCUCUGACUGUAUCUCCCUCUUGAUCGGAGGACAUGAGACCACCUUUAUGUCAUUUUCCUCUGCAGUUUAUUGUUUGAAAUAAAUACCCAGAGACUCUCAAGAAGCUAAUGCAGGAGAUAAACACGAUUAUAACGGAAAAUGGCAAGAUUCCACCAGAAGAGUUCAUCAAAAAUUUCGAUCAUAAGAAAUUGGAUGAGAUGGAAUACCUUUCAAUGUUUAUAAAAGAAGUACUGAGACUCCAUCCAUCAGCAAGUAGGUCACUAGGAUACAAGGCCUUAAAGACUCUGAAGAUAAACGAUGUAAUGAUCCCAAAGGGAGAGAUCAUCACAUUUGAUGUCAUCGGCUGACUCGUCAACCCAGAGCAAUGGAAAGAUCCCCUGAACUUCAUCCCAGAAAGAUUUGACCCAUCUAGCGAGUACUUUAAAACACCCAGCGAUAAGAACAGACAUCCUCUUGCCUAUAUCCCAUUCACUUUAGGAAGCAGGACUUGCCCAGGAAGAUCUCUAGCAAUGCUUGAGCUCAAAGUAGCAAUAGUCUAUUUCUUGCUAAAAUUCGAGUACCAAAUCAACGAAGCCGACCUCCAAAACCCAGAUAUGACAUUCAGCAUUUACUCGCCAUUCGAGCUGCACAUGAAGAUCACUGAGGUAAAAUGCCGAUAACUCAAAUUUGCCUAAAAAUAUUCCCAAAACUCCUUG